GCGCUGCAAGGAUGACAAUCCUGUGUUGAUCGGUGUGGGCCUCGGUUAGUUCGGAAGCUCCAGUCGACUGUCAUCUCUGCACUCUUCAUUUUUGUCGUAUUUCGUCCCAUUGGUAAGCAAACUCUUCACCAUGUACCAUCGGGAAUGUCUUCAGAGGAGUGAGUGCCAAUGAAUAAUAUAUUUUGUUAUUUUAUUUAGGCUCGAUCUCUCAGAUACAUUGUGGUGGGUCUCAACGAGUUUUAUACGUCAAAGAAAUGUCCGGAUUGCCACCGGUUUGUGGCCCAAGUCACCCUUCGAGAACUCUUCUGCCCCCACUGUGGACGGUAUCGCCACAGAGAUGUGAUGGCGGCCGAAAACAUGUCCAACAUUGCCCGAGAGUACCUAUUACACCAGGAACGAUCACUCUAUCUUCACCCCGUCACGGCAGAUGGUAGAUACCCAUGGAUGGAGUCAAGAAGUCCAGGGCAAGAGAUGGCCGAAGGGGCGAUUGUUGGAACCAGCGCCA